AUGAACAUUCAUGUUUGGUUAUUUUCCCUCCUCCUCCUCACUGUAAUCCCAAGUAUCUCUCAUCAAUACGCGUGUGACAAGAAUGAUUCUACCACGAGCAACUUCGCCUUCUGUAACACGUCUUUGUCAUAUGCAGAUCGAGCAAAGGAUCUAGUUUCGCGCCUGAAUCUCACAGAAAAGGUGCAACAAUUAGUCAACAAAGCCACAGGCAUAUCAAGGCUUGGUAUCCCGGCCUAUGAAUGGUGGUCCGAGGCCCUUCAUGGAGUAUCUAACACGGGACCUGGUGUACAUUUCAAUGAAACGGUGCCUGGCGCUACUAGUUUUCCAUCAGUUAUUCUUUCAGCUGCAAGUUUUAAUUCUUCCCUGUGGUACAUUUUGGGACAAGUUGUGUCGACUGAGGGUCGAGCAAUGUACAAUGUGGGAUUGGCUGGACUGACAUUCUGGAGUCCUAAUGUGAACGUGUUUCGUGAUCCUAGAUGGGGACGGGGUCAGGAGACUCCAGGGGAGGACCCUCUUGUAGUUGCAAAAUAUGCUGUCAAUUAUGUUCGAGGUUUGCAAGAAACGGGACAGGAGGGAAAUUUUAGCAGUGAAAGUCUUAAAGUUUCGAGUUGUUGCAAGCAUUAUACUGCCUAUGAUGUCGAUAACUGGAAAGGCGUUGAUCGAUUUCACUUUGACGCUAAGGUGACACCACAGGAUUUGGAGGAUACAUUUCAGCCACCAUUUAAGAGCUGUGUAGAAGAGGGACAUGUGAGCAGUGUAAUGUGUUCAUACAACAGGGUGAAUGGAAUUCCUACUUGUGCUGAUCCAAAUCUUCUUAAAGGAGUAAUCAGAGGGCAAUGGGGUCUAGAUGGAUACAUUGUUUCAGAUUGUGAUUCUAUCGAGGUUUAUUACGAUUCUAUAAAUUACACUGCCACACGGGAGGAUGCUGUUGCACUUGCCCUCAAAGCAGGUUUGAAUAUGAAUUGUGGAGAUUUUCUAGGCAGGUACACAGAGAAUGCAGUGAAAUUAAGCAAGGUGGAUGAAUCAAUUGUAGAUCAGGCUCUAAUAUACAACUACAUAGUACUAAUGAGACUUGGUUUCUUUGAUGGAGACUCCAAAAUGCUUCCAUUUGGAAAAUUGGGACCGUCUGAUGUAUGCACAGAAGAUCACAAAUUGUUGGGUGUUGAAGCUGCAAAACAGGGAAUAGUGUUGCUAGAAAACAAUGGGAUUCUGCCUUUGUCUAAAAAUGACACAAAAAAUUUAGCCAUUAUAGGUCCCAACGCUAAUGUCACCUCAACCAUGAUAAGUAACUAUGCCGGUGUACCAUGUCAAUACACUACUCCUUUACAGGGAUUGCAAAAUUACGUGUCAUCUAUCACAUACGAGCCGGGAUGCUCUGAUGUGGGCUGCAACAAGGACAGCCAAAUUGAGGCUGCAGCAAAGGCGGCAGCUGCAUCUGAUGUGGUGAUAAUCGUGGUGGGGCUUGACCAGUCCAUCGAAAGAGAAGGGCUGGAUAGAAUAAACUUGACGUUGCCAGGAUUUCAAGAGAAGCUUGUAAAUGAAGUUGCUAACUCAACAAACGGAUCUGUGAUCCUUGUUGUCAUGUCAGCUAGUCCAGUUGAUAUUUCCUUCGCGAAGAAAAAUAGUAACAUUGGGGCGAUUCUGUGGGUGGGAUAUCCUGGUCAAGAUGGAGGUUCUGCCAUAGCUCAAAUCCUAUUCGGAGACUAUAAUCCAGGUGGGAGGUCUCCUUUUACUUGGUACCCACAGGAAUAUGUAGAUAAAGUGCCAAUGACCGACAUGAAUAUGAGGCCUAAUGCUUCAAAAAACUUUCCAGGAAGAACCUACAGAUUCUACAAUGGAAAAGCCAUCUAUGAAUUUGGCCAUGGCCUAAGUUACACAACAUUUUCCAAGUUUGUAAUAUCUUCACCUUCCACCAUCCUUAUUAAGCAAAAAUCCACUAAUUCAAGUAAAGAUAUUCUUUCUUCAAACUUGAACACUCAACCAAAUGGCCAAGCCAUUGAUGUCACAUCAGUGGACUGCCAGGACUUACAAUUCCAGGUGGUUAUCGGGGUUAAAAAUGACGGAAACUUUGAUGGGUCCCACGUCGUGCUCUUGUUCUGGAAGCCGGGAAACACAUCAGUCGUGACCGGAGCACCCAAUAUACAGCUGGUGGGAUUUGAUAGAGUGGAGGUGAAGAGAAGGAAAAAUAACACUGUUACAUUAAAGUUAGAUGUUUGCAAGGAUUUGAGCAUUGCUGAUGCAGAUGGGAAGAGAAAAUUGAUCACUGGUCAGCAUACAUUUGUGGUUGGUUCUUCCAGUGAACGCCAAGUAAAGUACAAUUUCAAUAUUAGGGUGGCAAAAAGCAAUGAAGAAGGAGGUUAA